UCCACACAGUCAGUAGUAAGCUGGAGUGUAAGCGGUGAGGGUCAGUGCCGCUGUGACUAUUCACCGUGCCACGUAAACUUACGCCAUAUGGAGGAUGUGUUGAUGUUUUGCAACUCUAGGAAAUGCAACAUUGCGACGUUAGCGCCCCUGAGCCCCCCACGCGUAUAACAGAACUAUUCGUGCAUUGUUACUAGCCCUCGCCAAGAUGUUGAUGCAGAGGAUGUUGAAUGUCUUCUCGCAGAACUCGAACCUCCCCCUCUCCGUUGACAGAUCCAAGCCCAAGCCUGUUAUCAACGUGCCUCGGGAUCAGCAGCAGCAGCAGCAGCCCCAACAGCAGCCGCAGACCCCCCAGCAGCAGCAGAAUGCCCACAACAACAACCACCCGGCCUCCACCAGCGCCGCCACCACCACAUCCCCGCCCACGCAUAUAAUCCACAACGCCCACGCCCACGGCCACACCACAGCUCUCUGCCCCACCAUGAGCCACGCCCCCACCGCCACCUCCACUCUGCUCUGCCCCCAUCAUAUCCACGUCCCCGCCCUGGCCUCCACCUCCAAGCCAACCCCGCACCUAACCUCAAAUCCAGGGGGUGGGGGCGGUAGAGGCUGCGGCCCUGGUGGAGGCGGUGGACUAGGAGGUGGAGGGAACAUAUCGGAGCGGGAGCGGCUGUACCGCGUGGACAAGACGGUGGACGAGAAGGGCAAAGUGGUGUCCAAGGUCUUAGGCAAGGGCGGCUUUGGCACCGUCUACGCAGGAACGAGGAUGAAGGACGGAGCGCCGGUGGCCAUCAAGUCGAUAGCCAAGAACCGCGUACCGGCCUGGGGCGUGGUGCACGGGAAGCGGGUGCCCUUGGAGGUGGCGCUGCUGCUGAGGGUGGCCCACAUACCCCAGGUCGUGCGUCUCCUGAACUGGCUGGAAAAAGAAGACUCGUUCCUGCUGAUCCUGGAGCGGCCUGAGCCUUGUAAGGACCUCUACGAGUACGUGACGGAGCGAGGACCCCUGCCCGAAGACGAGGCCCGCGACUUAAUGCUACAGGUGGUGAACAUCGUGAUGGCGUGCCACAUGGCGGGAGUGAUCCACCGCGACAUCAAGGACGAGAACCUGCUGGUCACCACGGACAGGCACGGGCGAGUCACCCUUAAGCUCAUUGACUUCGGUUCGGGCGCCUUCUUCCUCAGGGACAAGAUUUAUACCGACUUUGAGGGUACCAAGGUGUACUCCCCGCCUGAGUGGAUCCUGCACAACCAGUACCAGGGCGUCCCGGCCACCGUGUGGUCUCUGGGCAUUCUGCUGUACGACCUGGUGUUCGGAGACAUUCCCUUCGAGUACGAGGACCAGAUCGUGACGGCCAAGGUGCACAUCCGCAUCGAGGUGACGCCGGAGUGCGAGAGUCUGAUCCGGUGGUGCCUGCAGAUUAGCCCCGAGGACCGGCCCACCCUGGAGCAGAUGCUGCAGCACCCAUGGCUGCGCUGCAAGGACUCCCUCACGCGCUCCAUCUCCACGCGCAGUGCCCCCGCCUCCACGCCCUCUCUCGUGCCCCUCUCCUCCGUCACCUCCCCCGUGGGCUCCCUGGGCUCGGUGGGCUCCUCGCACAGCUCGGGCUCCCUCCCGCCCACGCCCCGGACGCAGGACAGACUAGAGUUCGGCUCGGCGUCCUCGCACGGCAGCCACCCGUCUACGUUGUGACGCCAACGGCGGGUAACCGCCAGCUAGUUUACGUCCGUGCCCCGCGCCACCGCCGCCGCCGUGGCCAGCGCUGCCCCACGGCGCGCUGCCGCUGCUGGGCGCCCCGUCGGCGGGCGUCCGGGACCAGGCGCGGCGGGUGGCAUGGAUGCGCGGUCAGUAUCCAGCAUCAGUGCCCAGCUACCAAAGUCCAUUCGUCGUUAUCUUAGUGAGCGAUCCUCUUCAUAGCCGCAUCACCACCAUCACCCUCACCUAGUAUUCUUAUUUAAGCCAUGGUCAUAUCAUGUUCCAUUCGGGUGCGUUUGGGCGCCGCCGCCGCACCUCCACGACGCCUCCUGGUGUGCCAGUGAAGGCCGGGCGAGGGCCAUGCAGGCCCGCCGCCAGGUGACCCGCGGCCCCUCACGACACAGUGGUGAUCUCUCUCUUCGUCUGUCCUUUGUUUCGUCGCUUCAUAGUUUCGUCUUGGUUGUCGCAUCAGGUUUGUGUGUCACCUUCCGCCGCCGCCGCCGCCUCUGACCUCAGACCCAGUGAACAUGAACGUUGCGUGCGUCGCGUCCCGCGGCUCUGCUGCUCAUCUUCCCCUUAGACGGUUCCCCAAGUCUGGAGGCCACUGAUUCCUUUUGCUGACUCUAUCCUUCACCUCCCCCCCCCAAACCCUCCCCCCUUCUCCCCCCAAACCCUCCCCCCUUCUCCCCUCCCCCCCCCCCCCCUUACCAGCCUGUCGCCACUUGUCCCAACAUUCCACAGAUCGCCUCGGUCACCCAGUAUGCGUUGGAUGUAUAUUUCGAGUUUCCUUCCGUUGCCCGCUUACUGCACAUCAUGGAUCAAUUAAUUAUUUAUUAUAUUUAUUGAUGGGCUGAGCCACUCGGGGCCAGGGCGCCACGCCGGACGCGGGAGCGCCGCUCUCAGUUUCCUUGUGCAUUGAUUAUCCUCGACGUGGUUUCUUCAUGAGAACUCGGCCGAGCGUCCCGCGUCCGCUGGCGCGCCUGGCCGCCGUCUUGUCCACUGGUGCUACAGAUCAUUCGCUGAAAUAACAAUAGUAUGGUAUUCGAUUUUUCGAAGUGUUUUAUUUUGGCUCUAAGAGUCGCGGAAUUUUCGUAUGAAAUAUUUUUCUGUAUUAUUUUGUGUACCAUUACGCGUCUUGCUGGUGUCGCCAUUCUGUCAGGAGUCUCGCGGCUCAGGAAGCGCCGGCCCGGCGAGGCCCCGCGGCGGGCGGGGCGCGCGGCCCGGGGGUCCUGGGCGCGGCGCGUCUCGGGAACCAAAUUAAUUGCAUUCGCAGUGAUUUUUAUCAACUCUGAAGGACCAAACUUAAGGUGACGCGCCGCGCGGCAGGACGGUGCCGAGGCGCCCCGCCCCCGCCCCCCGCGGAGGCCCCUUCCUCUCCGUGUAAUGCAUUCUAAGUCAACCUUUAUCCUCGCUGUGCGUCAUAAAGGUGCGUCUGUAUAUUUGUGUUGUAAAUUACGGUAAGGUAUGAUUUAGAUUUAUUGAGUGUAAUUAUAUUGAUGUAUACGUCCAGCUGAUCAAGUCUGCAGUUAGCGUUGAUCUUUGGCAGUCUGGUCAUCGUCGUCCUCACUCGUGUCCUGACCAGACUCCCAAAGACACCCUCCCUUGACCCGAGUUCCUGUGCUGUAUAAAGCUUGUUUUUCUCCGUGUGAGGCGACGCUGUACUAAGGCAAGGUCAGUGGGACUGUCCCUCGGCCUCGCGCAAACGGAGGCUGGGCGAGCCCGGCCGGCGAGGGGCGCCGCUGGGCCAGCCCGCCCGUGGCGGCCCCUCGCGCAGUGUGGCUGAGGAGUAGCCUUCGCGUUAGGUGGUGUGGUGAGGUAACUAUGGUGUCUACUGGACAAGUGUUUCAUGUUUGGCUGUUAUCUGUUUAACUGUAAGUGCGCGAGGGAAGAUAUUCAAGGAAGCACAACUACUACCGUUUGAUUUUACUUUCUUUGCUGAAAUAAGAUAAUGUGACCUCGACCGAGACGUUACUUUUGAGGCCCAAGUGACCGGGCCAACACCACCACCCCACUGAUUGCCCGUACACGAGGACACCGGCUCCGGGACGGACCUGCGCCCUGGACCUCCCCUGCCGGGGUCCUGGGUUGCCGAGUCCGGCCGGCGCCCGUCCUCGCCGCCUCCGUGACUUGUGAUAGCACACAUAACCGUUAGCACCACACUAUUAACACUAGUAUUGUUUGACAAGAUUAGAAGGUAAUGUUUCGAGGAUUUCUUUUAAUUUUUUUUCUCGUAGGUUAAUUGCAACACUGGCUUCUAGUUUUUGGUUUACGUUAUCGACUAGCAAAACAAAAUCUCGUCAAUGGCUUUUGUCUAAAUUUAAAAGCUUUAUUAUUAUGAUUUUCCUGUUCGCCCUCCUCGUAAGUGAUAAGAACAUUACUUUUUUGGCCUCACCUGACCAGACAUCUCCCGCAGCUUCCAAGGGGAGUCAUGGAUUAAACCUUACCUGUGCUGCUUCACCUAUUCAAGAAACGUCAGAAAACUCCCAAGAAAUCGCCACUUUUCAGACCAGUAACAGAAAAUAAAAUAAAUAAACUCCAUUCAAAUAACUUGGCAUUUUAAUCCCGUCCCACGAUCCCGGCAUCCACCAAUCACAUCCAGCGCGAGUCAGAGAAGGGCGUGGUUUCCUUAUGGAUUGGCCAAAGGUAUACUCUUAAAAGGGGAAGGGGGCGGGGCUUAGUUGCCAAGAUAGUUUGAACGGAGGAUGUAACAUGUAUGAUCUGAGCAGGUGCUAAACUUGGCAAGAUUGUUUUGAUCUUACUUGAGGACUUUAGCCCGCAUGAGAGAACACAAUAGAUCGGAGAGAUAAUUGUGUAUGUGUGACUGUGUGUGUGUGUGUCUGCGUGUGUGUGUGUGUGUGUGUGUGUGUGUGGUGGCAUAUACCUCGCCCCCUCAACCUCCCUACUGCUGGUCAAGGGGGAGAGGUAUAAGUAUAGGACCACCAUCUAAGUCUCAAUGAAGGAAAAUAAAGAAAGAUUUUGCCUUCAAUUAUCUCAUUUGGUUUCCUCAACUUUUAUUAUUAUUAUUAUUAUUAUUAUUAUUAUUAUUAUUAUUAUUAUUAUUAUUAUUAUUAUUAUUAUUAUUGUUUUCAGUAAGAUAACGUGGAAGCAAUUGUCGUUCACCAAAAUCCAUAUCAAAGUUCCUAUUUUUACUGUAAUCGUGAACUGUCCUGAAUGAUCGAUCCCUUUGUAAGCCCGAGAGCCUUUUUUUACGGUCUGUGUCAGUACCAUAUCAAUAUUUAUUGUCAAUAUUUAUAGUGUGAUCAUUACUACUGCUCCUAAUUUAUGACUUCUUGUAAAGUGAUUUUCUGCAUAAAGGUGAUUGCGUGGAAGUGUGCAUGCGAGUGAGAGAGAGAGAGAGAGAGAGAGAGAGAGAGAGAGAGAGAGAGAGAGUGCACGAGUGAUUUGUCCCUAGCGUACAUGCCUGUGUAGAGAGCAGUGUCCUACGCAGGUGUACGCCGCCACAGUAUUACGGGAACGGUGCGUGGCGUGGCGAGGCGUUGCGGGGCGGCGCGGGGCGGGACGGGACGGGACGGGACAGUGUACAGCCACCCCGCCUGGUAGCGCCCCACCCCGCCGCCGCCACCACCACCACGGCCUCAUGACCAACACUCGUUCGUUCCUCUGCUCACCGCUCUCUCGGAUCACGUUUUUUAGCUCGUUGAACAUUGGUCGUAGUGUUUCUAUGUUUGUCGUUCCUGGCAUCUUCGUUAGUUUCCAUUGCGAAAAUUAUUCACACACAGGAUUUUUUCAGUCUGUUUUUCGCUGUCACGCGUGCAAGGGUUGGCAGCGGCGCGAGCAGAGCGUCUCAUCCCUCGCUUGUCUCCCGUUCUCAAGAAGUGUUACUGUAUUAUAUUUAUUGAUGAAGUAUAAAUAUAAUAUUUCGCGGAAAAUCAUGUUUGUAAGGAGAAAUAUUUUUGUAAAAACGUAAAAAAAUCCAUGUGUAAUGAAUAAAUUUUUAAGUUUGA